AUGAAUACGCACUCUUCUCCCAGCUCCCCCACCAAGCCGAGUCUCUUGAAACACUCCCCGCGACCCUCUUCAGACUUCUCGCACCAGCCGACGUCACCAUUCCUACACAACCUCACUUCCCGCCUACGCAAAGGCUCUAAUGCGAGCUCCCACUCCACUGGCGAGAAUCCCUCCCUACCUCACGACCCUAUAACCAAAACCGAGUCCACUCGCGCUGCCAGACGGGCUCUUUUGUCACAAGUACGAAAUGACUGGCAAUACCCUCCUGUUCCCGCAAGUGACUCCGGUGGCCCUCAGAGAGAGCCUACUGGCUAUCGCCUUCGAGAAGAAUCAUACUCCGACCUUGAAGCUGAAGAAGUCUUUGCAAGGCGCCGCACCAAGAAUGACCCCUAUAAAUUCGAGAAUCCCGAUUCAAUAGGUACUCAUCUCACGGAACGAAAGCGGAAACGACGGCGUCUAUUGGAAGAGGAAUUAAAAUGGAAUGAGGGCUUGCGUACAUGGUCGGAGAGGCGGGACGCCUGGACUGGUGCUGUCAAGCAAAAACCACGGAGCCAUCCGUCCCCCUCGUCUAAGAGCAAUGAGAGAGACCAUCGGUAUCACAGGUCUCGUCUGUCACAAUCCAUAACACAUGAACGCAAUGCAUCCCAGUCAACUGAGGGCUCCUGGCCUCUCUCACCUUCAUCACCAGCGCCAGGCGAGUCCUCGUCGAUCGAUUCCAUGGCCGAGUCACCCAUUGCCACAACGGAACCCAACCAUCUUUUCUCCCAUGAAGGACCAUGGCUACCGAUCUACCCGCCACUGAUACCUGAGGAGGACUCAAUCCGGCUACGCAUCAAACCUUCGGCCUACACCGCCAUCUACUCCAAAAUCGUCGUCCAAUCUCUUUCCCCGAAUGUUCCAAUCCCACUCACACACAUGAUCCCCGCGCUCGUGGAAGGUUGGAAAGCCGAGGGAAACUGGCCACCUCCGCCUUCGGCGCCAGCACCCCAGGACAUCAAAAAGGGACGCAAGUCAUCGACAUUCCUCCGCUGGCGCAAGGAGCACCAGGCAGAGAUGAAAGACGCCGAGGGAGUGACAUGCAACGAAGACGGGAAAUCUCGCGUCAGGAGGAGCAUCGGCAUGAUGAAGAAAGUCCUCGGUGCAGGCCACGGCGACGGGCUCGAGGAGUUAGGCAUUGAAUUCCAUGAGCAGGACAAGGCGGAGAUGGACAAGAACGCCACAUUGAACAAAGGUUUGGCGUAG